GAGGGUGCUUGGCAACAAUUUGAAUAAUGUACGUCAUUGAACUUGCCGAUCUCGACUCGCCACGCCAAACUUCUUGACUACUGACCAUCACUACCAUCAACAUCGACGUUUCUCAGCAAUGGGCGGCUUUCGCUGAACUAAGCUUUGCUUUAUCUACAACGCUAUGCGCGAGGUAGUUUCUAGCGUUGAAGUGUAUUCCGAGAGCGACUAUUUAUACAUCAAACUUCUUUAUAAAGAACACGGCGCCCUUUUCAUCGCACAAUCACCAAGCCGCACGUACGACCUCGACGCUUUGCAAGGAAAACGCGUCCCUGUCGAAUCUCAGCACGUGAGUCUCCCUGCAGACUUGGACUCUCCUACUGCAGCCCCGUUCCCACUCCCAGCCGAUUCCUAUGUCAAGGGUGUCGAUUUUAUACGCUACGACCAUGAUAAACCCAACACGGAGCCACUCGGUCAAGCCCUUAUCGAUGAAACGAGGGUGUACGAAGAUCUUCGUCAUCAUCCCCACCCCAACAUCUGUCAAUAUCGAGGCUACAUUGCAGACGAGACCGACCGCGUCACUGGUUUGUGCCUCCAAAAAUACCAGUAUAUGUUGGCAAUAGCUGUCUGGAAGAAAGUUGAUAUCGACUGGGACGUUGUCAUGAAAGACUACAAAAGUGCGAUUGAUCAUCUCCAUAGCUUGGGCUGGAUUCAUAAUGACAUUAGUUCGGGAAAUCUCAUGAUUGAUUACAAUCUCCGUGGUGGUAUCAUAGACUUUGGCGGGAGCACGAGGGAGGGAGCGUCUAUUGACAUCGAAACCCCAUUCUGGACCCGAGGGAGUCGUGUUGCAGAGAAGGAGAAUGAUUACUAUGGUUUACGUCGGGCAGAACUAUUCAUACAUGAUGGUGGAGGAGGUCCCAAUUGGUCUGGAUUCACGAAAUCCUGAUCUAAUCCAGUGCUCCAGCUUGAGAUAAUCCGUACGAAUAAUUGCGCCGGUAACCAUCUGGGGAAUCGUUCUUCGCUAUACACUUGGGGAACUCGUAUCCAUAUUAUCUGCCAGUGUACAGAAGGGUAAAUAGGAUUAUUUAUGCACCACCUCAUCACCUCGUCCCUUGCACCCAUUGUUGGAAAUCAGGAAUAUGGGCAUAGAGGAAGGUCGAGAUACGGUCGUCGUGGUGGUCAAAAGGAUGAAUUGUUAAGGUACCAAAUGUCACGUAAUCGAGUAGUAAGCGGGCCAAAUAUAGUACGGGU